UCCCUAAUACAUACCUAUAUAAUGACAGGUAGACGGCCAGUAGUUUGUGCUGUUGACGGCUACCGCUUUUGGCUUUUGCGAGCUUCAGGUCUAAACAGCGAUUCAGUCGCUGAAAAACCAUCAAAACGUGGUGUUGGUUCGCGUGGUAGUCUACGCUGUCAUAGUUUUUCGUAUUUUCUUUGCAACACUUUGAACAGCUCAAAUUGGCAUUACUGUAUUGUUGGCAUUUAGUGUGCAGUGCAGAAUUGCGUGCGACACACAAAGCAUAAGCGUUGCACAAAACACAAAGUAAAAACGAAAGAAAAUAAAAAAAUAAAAAAUAAAGUACAAAAAACAGAAAAGUUAAUAAAUCGAAUUAAGUGGAAAUUAUAGAAAUCAUGCCAUCCGAAAACCAUAAAGAUAUCGAAAUCGGCAACAAAGUGGAAAAUGUUGGUGCCAGCGACAAUGUGGAAAGCGUAAGCGCCGCCACCCCCACCCCCGCUAAUGCUGCACCAGCCACAGGUACAGCAGCGCCCAGUGCAGUGAUAGUCGUGGCUAAGGAAUCGGUGCCCGCCGAUACCAUUACGAAUGGCAGCUCGAACGUGAAAAGUACGACGACGUCAGCCGCACCGCCAAGUAAGGAGUCAGCUUCUCUAUCGCAAGAGCAGCCGAAACAAGAAUCCACUGCCAUGCAGGCAAAUCUGCACCCGGCCAUGCAACCAAUGCAACAAUCUGUCACAGGUAAAUUUGCACUCGCUUUCUGUGUACGUGUGUACGUAUGUAUGUAUGUGCACUGCUUACUGGCCGUCUGAGCCACCGCAGCAGCCAACACCUUGACACUUGGACCAUUAGCAGCUGUAACAAGUAGAUUUGUCGGCUGCUGCGGCAGUAAAAGUUGUUUUGCCGGCUUGCGUGUGUAUGCACUAUGUACAAUGUAUCCUAUGCACACAGCCAAUUCAUUUAUAUACCUUAAUAUGUCUGCAUAAGUUUGUAGUAAAAGUAAAACUAACUUGUAGAGCUUUGUAUGUAAAUAUGUUGGCAGGUAUAUCG